CUCUCCGCCCUGCGAUAUCUCGAAGCUAAAGCUGCAAUGGCAAACGGGUGGCUGCAAGAAAUCUGCUUGGUGAAGCAUUAGGAUUUGGGGCAUAAGAUUUGGUUGUGGAGGGCAGAGAAGGCAGCGUCUCCUUGCCAUUCAUCUGCUCGCUUUGAGUCGGUCUCGAUGAGCAUCCAAGUUUCUUUCCACGGCGUCGCACUCCCGAGCCUCGCGCCCGCCUCCUCCUCGCUCCACUCUUCUCGCCAUCUCCUGGUCCGUGCAAAAGCGGAGCCAUCUGAUAAAUCUGUUGAAGUCAUGAGGAAAUUCUCAGAGCAAUAUGCUCGUCGUUCAGGAACAUACUUCUGUGUUGAUAAAGGAGUCACUGCUGUUGUUAUAAAGGGACUUGCUGAUCACAGAGAUACACUUGGAGCACCAUUAUGUCCUUGUAGACAUUAUGAUGACAAAGCCGCUGAAGCAUCACAAGGAUUUUGGAACUGCCCAUGUGUACCUAUGAGAGAAAGGAAGGAAUGUCACUGUAUGCUUUUUCUCACCCCUGAGAAUGACUUUGCUGGAACAGAACAAGCCAUCUCCAUUGAAGAGAUCAAGGAGACGACAUCAAAAAUCUAACUUGAGGCUGAGCAGCCUCCCUUGUUUGUAGAAUGUUUUUUAAAAAAUUGUAAUAUAUUGUCAGUACCUAUGGAAAAAAAAACUUCGAGUUUCUCGUUUAUAGUUUUA